ACAGACUUCCGACUUCGCCAUCGUUAACCAACAGUGUAUGCACUAAUCCAUCGCUGUUCUGGUCAAGAAGGCCAAAUAGCGACAAGCAUCAUGUUGCGUUUGCCAGCCGUGAGCCGCGCGCUAGCCGGGACAGCCAAGGGCAGCCUUGCUCCCGCAAACAACGUGCGUACCUCCAUCCGGGCAGCUAGUAAUAUGGUUGAGGUGUUUGUGGAUGGAAAGCCAGUGGAGGUAGCAGCUGGAACUACUGUGCUGCAGGCCUGUGAAAAGGUGGGUGUACAGAUCCCACGGUUCUGCUACCACGAGCGUUUGUCUGUCGCUGGGAACUGCAGGAUGUGUCUGGUCGAGAUCGAGAAAGCUCCAAAGCCUGUGGCAGCAUGUGCGAUGCCAGUGAUGAAGGGCUGGAACAUUCUCACAAACUCAGACAAGACCCGUAAAGCGAGAGAGGGGGUGAUGGAGUUUCUGCUUGCCAACCAUCCCUUGGACUGCCCCAUCUGUGACCAGGGAGGAGAGUGCGACCUACAGGACCAGUCCAUGCAGUUUGGUACAGACCGCAGUCGGUUCACUGAGACCAAGAGGGCGGUGGAGGAUAAGAACAUCGGGCCCCUCAUCAAGACUAUCAUGACCCGCUGCAUCCAGUGUACACGCUGCAUCCGCUUCGCCAGUGAGAUUGCUGGUGUGGAGGACCUGGGCACCACCGGAAGAGGUAACAACAUGCAGGUGGGCACGUACGUGGAGAAGAUGUUCAUGUCAGAGAUGUCCGGAAACGUCAUUGACAUCUGUCCCGUGGGAGCCCUCACCUCCAAACCAUACGCCUUCACUGCCAGACCCUGGGAGACCAGAAAAACCGAGUCCAUCGACGUGCUGGAUGCAGUUGGCAGCAACAUCGUGGUGAGCACACGUGCCGGGGAGGUCAUGAGGGUCAUGCCCCGUCUCAAUGAAGACGUGAACGAGGAGUGGAUCUCAGACAAGACCAGGUUUGCAUAUGACGGGUUGAAGAGGCAGAGACUGACCCAGCCCAUGGUGAAGAAUGCGUCCGGUCAGCUGGUACCCACCUCCUGGGAGGAUGUCCUCACCCGUGUGGCCGGAGCACUGCAAGGAGCCCAGGGCAGUGACGUGGCGGCCAUAGCGGGAGGCAUGGUGGAUGCAGAGGCCCUGGUGGCUCUGAAGGACCUCCUCAACCGGCUGAACAGUGACACCCUCUGCACUGAGGAGGUGUUCCCUAUGUCGGGGGCUGGUACCGACCUGCGCUCUAACUACCUGCUGAACUCGCGGAUCGCGGGCAUUGAGGAGUGUGACCUGCUGCUGCUCAUAGGGACCAACCCUCGCUACGAAGCCCCCCUGUUCAACGCUCGCGUCCGCAAGAGCUGGCUCCACAACGAGCUGCAAGUGGCGCUGGUGGGGAGUGAGGUGGACCUGAGCUACACCUAUGACCACCUGGGGGAAUCUGCCCAUGUGCUGCAGGAGCUGGCUAAUGGGACACACCCCUUCUGCCAGGUGCUGGCCGAGGCCAAGCGGCCGGUGGUGGUGGUAGGCAGCUCAGCUCUGCAGAGGGAGGACGGGGCGGCCAUCUUGAGCUCUGUGUCCACCAUAGCCCAGAACGCCAGGACCAGCAGCGGGGUGGAGGAGGGCUGGAAGGUCCUCAACGUGCUGCACAGAGUGGCCAGUCAGGUGGCAGCUCUGGACCUGGGCUACAAGGCGGGGGUGGAGGCGAUCCGCCAGGCCCCGCCCAAGGUUCUGUUCCUGUUGGGAGCCGAUGCAGGCUGCAUCACCAGACAAGACCUGCCCAAGGACAGCAUGAUCAUAUACCAAGGUCACCAUGGCGACGUGGGAGCGUCCAUGGCUGACGUCAUCCUCCCUGCCGCCUACACAGAGAAGGUGGGAACCUACGUGAACACGGAGGGGCGGAGCCAGCAGACACGCGUGGCCGUCACAGCACCCGGCAUGGCCAGAGAGGACUGGAAAAUCAUCCGAGCCAUCUCUGAGCUGGCUGGCGUGACUCUGCCCUAUGACUCUGUGAACGAGCUGAGGGACAGACUGGAGGAGGUUUCCCCCAACCUGAUCCGCUACGAUGACGUGGAGGAAGCCAACUACUUCAAACAGGCCAAUGAACUCUCCAAGACGGUGAACCAGACUGUCCUAGCAGAUCCUCUUGUUCCUCCUCAGCUCACGGCUAAAGACUUCUACAUGACCGAUUCUAUCAGCAGAGCCUCCCAGACCAUGGCCAAGUGUGUAAAGGCUAUCACAGAGGGAGCAGAUGCCGUUGAUGAACCUUCCAUUUGCUAAACAAGCGCACACAUAUAUACACACACGCACACACACAAAAACUCGCACACAUGUAUUGACAUCACAUUAACAUUCAGUGGUGACUCUGAUUUAUUUAAGUUGUCCUUGCUGCUUGUUGUAUAUGAUACCAUUUCCACUCUUGUGUAACCUGUACAAGGGUUAAGAAGAGGGCUUUGUUGAAAAAAGCUGUAACUGUUAUGAUUAUGAAUAAAUCUUUAUCCUUA